AUUGAACCUUAAUCUAACCAAGCUAAUGUAGGUAAACAACAAAAAGCCACCUGAAGCAAACGGGUGAACCACUGCAUUCAAAACAGGACAACUUUCUGUAUCAUUUGUUAUUAUAUAAUGGUAAGUUGUGGCUUCUUCCAUUACCAUCACAUUGUUUUAGCUUGAAAAAUUCUAGAGAUGGCCGGUGUUGUAAAGGAGCGUGAAGGGGCGGAGAUAGUGUAUGGUUCUGAAGAGUGUUAUCGUCAGUCGAUAGAGCUCUUAGAAGAGUUGGGUUUUCCAAAGGGUGUUCUUCCCCUGCAGGACUUGGUGGAGUGUGGCAGAGUUAGAGAAACUGGGUUCGUGUGGAUGAAACAGAAGGCCCCUUAUGAGCAUUUCUUUGAAGGAACCAACACCAGGGUGAGUUAUGCAGUUGAGGUCACUGGGUAUGUGGAGAAGUUUAGGAUGAAGAAAAUGACAGGCAUUAAGAGCAAGCAGAUGCUGCUGUGGGUGCCAAUAUCUGAGAUGAGCAUUGAAGAUCCUAAGGGGAAGAAGAUACUCUUUAAGACCCCUGUGGGAAUAGGAAAGUCCUUCCCUAUCAUCGCAUUCAUGACUCCAGAGGAAAAGGAAAAUCACAUGCUGUUGCAGAAUAACGUGAUCGAAGAAUGAUUAUUCAUGAACUGAUACAUGCUUCUGAGUGAGGUCUUUCUAAUGAAUAAUGAGCAACGGAAUAUUCAAGAAAUUUUUAUUAGUUUAAUUUGUAUGCAAUUUAUUGUUGUUGGUAUUAAUAUGAUAAUUAUCAUAAAAAUCAUUAAUUACAUCAUAUAUAAACUGUUUGUUUGUUUGUUAUUA